AUGUCGCAUAAUAUCUCCAACGUUAGCGUUGCGCCCGUACUAUCCAACUCCUUCGUCUCGACCUGGUUCAUCCUGACCAGCGUCAUCCUGGCCGUCGGGUCAAUUUUAAGCACGUUAUUAAUCGUGUCGCUGAGCGUCCGCCGGCGUUACCGCAACAGCGCCAACCUCCUGGUCAUCCACGCACUAACCGUCGAGGUCACCAAUAUGGCUAUCUUAACCCCGCUCUCCAACACGGCCAUCUGGGCGCACCAGACCGGCCACCCGUUCCACAUAAACUGCGUCCCGGUGGCUUUCUUCCAGAUCCUGCUAACCGUCCUCUCCAACUGGUCGCUGGUGUUAUUAGCCAUUAACCGCAUGAUCGCCGUGGUCUUCCCGCAUCACUACGCGCGCUACACUCGCCACCGGCCGCUAGUUUUGUCUAUCAUCGUUAUCUGGAUCCUCGGGUUAGCCACCACGGUGCCGUUGCUAUUCGGCGUCGGGGGAACGUUGAACCGGUUCAACCCGCUGGGUCAUUGCGGCGUCCAACCAACGCGUGGUGUCUUUUUUUCGAUGUACACGCAUGUUAGUUUCACGGGUACGAUGAUUAUCCAGGCGGUGUGCUAUACGUUGGUGGUGGGGGCGCUGCGGCGCGCCGUGCAAGUGGCCGACACGCAGAACUUUGCGGAGCAGCGUAAACAGCGCCGACAGCGCGCGAUCAGCGUGGUGUUGUUGGUGGUGUAUGUGUGGUAUCUGGCGUGCUACCUGCCCAUUCCCGUGAUUACCACCUACUUUUAUCACUACUGGAAGGACAACUACACGCUCUUUGUCUGGCUGCGGACGGUGAUGAUCUGCGGCAGUGCGGGAACGCCGGUGAUUUUGCUGAGUAUGAGCCGUGAACACCGCUUCGCUCUGCGCUCUUUGCUGGAGCGCCUGAGCCUACAUCUUCCCUCCAGUCGACUGUGUUUCCGGCUGAAAGGCCGCGCCCGCGUGAACACGUCCUCUCCCGCGUCGCUGCCCACCCCGCAUAAACGCUCCACCUCCACCAGCCAAUCCCGCUGCAAGGUGUACGUCUACUAA